UCCUCCUUUCUCUCUCUAGCCCCUCUCUCCUUAUCUGGGCAAAACACUCUCUCCACAUUUCCUUCAUUUUUCUUGCUCUCUCUCUCUAAAAAAAUCACUGCCCUUCACUCUCAUUUUCAGCGCAACCAAUCUCUCUCUUUUUUACAACUCUCUCUCUCUCACAAAUACCAACUCUGAGAUUUCUUCCUCUCAAGCGCUCUGAAACGUCACUUUCUCUCUCCAAAUUCUCUAAUGGAUGAUCCUCCAAAAGACCCAGAGUCCUGAUCUCUAAGCAUGUCCCAAGCAGAUGUCACUUACAGUCGGUCUCCUCAUUUUCAGUGCUGCGCAUAUGAUCUAUUAGGCAUUAGUUGUGGGUCUUGUGGUUACUCCUUGAAUUUAAAAUCUUCCAACCGAAUUACCUCACGCAUAGGCUCUGGGUACCAAAAAUCCAUCAAGAAAGGUGUCAUCUCCUUCCUUUCGGUUGAUCCAAGCAGGUUCACUCAGAUUGAUGAGGUCAAGUGUCUCCCUUACUCGUGGGGCCCAUUUGGCAUGAAAACCAAACUCCUCUGUCGAAAUUGUGGGACCCACAUUGGCUAUGGAUAUGGCGAUUCAGCCUCUAACUGUUCAGAUUCAGCCACCCAUUCUUCACACAGGAAGUACACUAUAAAGAUCAGAGCUGUUCAGCCUUUGGAUGAGUUCAGCUAGCCCCAUGAUUCAGGGGCUUA